AUGAACAGCCUCUAUGGUCGUGGAGGAAGUGGAGGUGCUGGCAACGGAGGAUUUCUAGGGGGAGGAUCUCUAGGCGGAGGGUCGCUAGGCGGAGGACCGCUAGGUGGAGGGUCACUAGGUGGCGGCUUGAUAGGCGGAGGAUCACUUGGCGGAGGAUCGUUAGGUGGAGGGUCGCUAGGUGGCGGCUCGCUAGGCGGAGGUUCACUAGGCGGAGGAUCGUUAGGUGGAGGGUCGCUAGGCGGAGGAUCGUUAGGUGGAGGGUCGCUAGGUGGCGGCUCGCUUGGCGGAGGUUCACUAGGCGGAGGAUCGUUAGGUGGAGGGUCGCUAGGUGGUGGGGAUAAGUUCGGCGGAAUGAACAAUGGCGGCGGACUCUUAGGAGGAGGUGAUUCUAAGGGCAAUGGCGGACUAAAUGGAGGACUUAAUGGCGGUGGCAAUAUGCUAGGUGGCAGCGGAACCUUGGGAGGUGGUGUUUAUAUGGGCAAUGGCGACUUUAAUGGAGGUGGCCUCUUUGGAGGAAACCAGAUGCAAUCUGGUGAUAGCAAUGGCGGUGCUGGCUUGGGAAACGGUGAGUUCGGGAACGGCGUGUUCGGAUCCGGCGGACUUGGGGGUAACGAAGGUCUUGGCGGAAGUGGAUUGGGAGGUGGAAUGAAUCUCGGAGGCGGCAAAGGAAGCGGUGCCAUGUUUGGAGGAGGCGGACUUGGUGGCCUCUCUGGGGGCAUGGGAACCUUUGGAAAUCUCGGCGGCAAUAACUUGUACGGCAGGAAUACGGGUGGUAUGGGAGGUCUAGGAGGGCUUGGUGGUCUUAACGGAAAUGGCGGCAAGGGUGGCGAACCCGAUUUCACCACUCAAGGAGGGCUCGGUGGUUUUAACAGAAAUGGUGGCAUGGGUGGUGGACCCGAUUUCACCACUCAAGGAGGGCUCGGUGGUUUUAACGGAAAUGGCGGCAUGGGUGGCGGACCCGAUUUUACCACUCAAGGAGGGCUCGGUGGUUUUAACGGAAAUGGCGGCAUGGGUGGCGGACCCGAUUUCAGCGGGAUGACCGGAAAUGGAGGCAUGAGUAGCGGUUCGGGGCUUGACGGGCUGAAUGGAAAUGGCGGCACUGGUGGUGGUCAGUUUGGAAUAGGAGGAUUUCCGACGAACGGCGGGGCCGGAGGAGGCAUAGACAACAGUUUCGGUAUGAGCCCGGUAGGAGGUGGCAAUGGAGGUGCGGGCGGCCCUUCAUUAGGUGGAGGAAUGUUCGGCAAGAAUGGGUAUGGCACGGGCGUCGGCAACGGUAUGUAUGUCCUUGGAAUCCCAGGCCCCAAUAUCACGAAAAUACUCAAGUCAAAUCCCAAUCUCAUUCUCAACUCUUUUUAUCAAAUAACAGCAUCAUAG